AUGAGUGGACGGAUGCUCGCUGCUGCUGGGCUGCGCCCAGUGACGCGACGCGCCUCCGCCAACGCAGUACGACAUUUACAUCGAUCACCAACUGGUGGCCUGCUUCGCGCAGAUGCCACUAUUCGUGCGACCCAGCGGCGCAUGUGGUAUGGCGGGAAUGCCUUCCACAAUGCCGUCAUGGCCCGGAACGCCUCCUUUGCGCGUUUCCUGCCCAAGCUGGUGCUCAAGUUCGCCCGAAUCCCGGCCAUGUUCGGCGGGCUGGCCAUCGGCGCACUUGCCUGGAUUCAGUAUCAGGCGGCCCAGGCGAGCAACUACGCCAUCGAACUGUUCAACACAACGAAAGACACUGUCUCGACCACGGCGUCAACUAUCUUCGGCGGCGCCAAAGAUAUUGCCGAGCAGACGCUCCAGGGGUGGGAGAAUACGAAAGAGCAAGUGGAAAUACCGGACUGGCUAAAAGGUGUGCUUCGUAUCCACGAGGACAUCGGCAUCGGCGGCUCGGGCGGACCUCAACCUAACGGUGACGGGGAUCCGAAGCAGAGCAAAGUCGCUGCUGCAACGGCAGUCGGUGCCGCCGCGGCCGCCUAUGGCCAUGAUAAAUCGGCCGAGGGCGACGACGGCGAAGAUGACGAGACGGCCAGGGAUGAUCAAAUGAUGGUCCUGACCAAGAAGAUGAUCGAGAUUCGAACCAUCCUACAGAAAGUCGACCAGUCGAGUUCCUUGACUCUGCCGUCCAUUGUCGUCAUCGGUUCGCAGUCGUCGGGGAAAAGCUCGGUAUUGGAAGCCAUCGUUGGUCACGAGUUUCUACCCAAAGGCUCCAACAUGGUCACCCGCCGACCCAUCGAGUUGACGCUCGUCAACACGCCUGCAUCUCAAGAGGAAUAUGGCGAGUUCCCGGACCUCGGCCUGCGGCGUGUCGCAGACUUCUCGUCCAUACAGCGAACCUUGACGGAUCUCAACCUCGCCGUUUCCGAUGCCGAUUGCGUCUCGGACGACCCCAUCCAUCUGACUAUCUACUCGCCCAACGUACCCGAUCUCUCGCUCAUCGACCUACCGGGAUACAUACAGGUUGUCGGCCAAAACCAACCGCUGCAGUUGAAGCAAAAAAUCUCGGAACUGUGCGACAAGUACAUACAGCCACCGAACGUCAUCCUGGCCAUCUCCGCCGCCGAUGUUGACUUGGCCAACUCAACUGCCCUCCGGGCCUCUCGGAGGGUUGACCCACGAGGCGAGCGAACCAUUGGCGUCGUGACCAAGAUGGACCUCGUCGACGCCGCCCGCGGUGCCGCCAUCCUUCAUGACAAGCAAUAUCCCUUGAGGCUCGGGUAUGUUGGCGUCGUAUCGAAGGCGCCUCAGUCGCCGGGCCUCUUCAAGAUGACGCCAACCAAUCUGCUGUCGGCCAUAGCCAAGCACGAGAAUUCCUUCUUCUCAUCUCACCCCCUCGAGUUCGGUCCCAAUGCUGGCGUAAAUGUCGGGACCACGACACUUCGCAAGAAGCUCAUGCACGUGCUCGAGCAGACCAUGUCGGCCAGCCUGCAGAGCACAAGCGAUGCCAUCAAGCAGGAACUGGAAGAGGCGACGUACGAGUUCAAGGUCCAGUACAACGACCGUCCCCUGUCGGCCGAAUCCUACCUCGCCGAGAGCCUGGAUGCCUUCAAGCAUUCGUUCAAACAGUUUGCCGAAGAGUUUGGACGGCCUCAGAUGCGGGAGCUACUCAAGAACGAGCUGGACCAGAAGGUACUCGACCUCCUGGCGGCGAGGUACUGGAACAAGCCCGUCGCCGACUUGUCAGUCGCACCACCAGACCUGAACCCCAUCGCCGAUCUCCCUAAGGCGGACGCUUCUUCUCAGUACUGGCAUCGACAGCUCGACGCGUCGACCUCGGCAAUCACCAAACUCGGGGUUGGCCGUCUAGCGACGACGGUUGUGGCAUCGUCAUUGCAGAACCACAUCGACAGGCUCCUCAGCAAUUCCAAUUUUGCAUCUCACCCCUUUGCACGGACCGCCAUCACCGAGGCGGCAUCGACCAUCCUCAACGAGCGCUUCUACAGCACCAGCGACCAGGUUGAAAACUGCAUCAAACCCUUCAAGUUUGAGAUUGAUUUGGAAGACCGAGAGUGGGCACAAGGGAGACAGCAUGCCAGUGACGUUUUAAAGAAGGAGCUGCAUGACUGCGAAUCCGCGCUGAGCCAUCUCGAGUCCAGCGUUGGCGGUCGUAGAAAACUCAAAGAGGUCAUCAACUUCAUCGAUAAAGCCCGAAAAGGCGACAUCGUUGUUGGAGACGAUGGUCGGAGCGGCGCUGGCGGUUUCAGUGCCGCUCUUCUCGGUACAGGACGCAAAGCUGUCUUCCUCCGCGACCGGGCCGAUAUCAUCAAGAUGCGACUGCUGGCAGUCAAGUCGAAGCAGUGCGCCUCACCCGAGAACAAAUACUACUGCCCAGAAGUCUUCCUCAACGCUGCCGCGACGAAGCUGGCCUCCACCGCGGUGCUCUUUCUCAACGUCGAACUUCUGUCCGAGUUUUAUUACAACUUCCCUCGAGAGCUGGACCUCCGUCUAGGCCGUCAUUUGACGCAAGACGAGAUUGAGACUUUUGCCAAGGAGGACCCCAAGAUUCGCAAGCAUCUCGAAGUCAUUCGUCGCAAGGAGCUGCUGGAACUGGUGCUGAAUAAGAUGGAGAGCUUGAGACAGCUCGAUGGUCGAGAGCGGGAGCACGCGGCGGGAGGGCGGCGUGACAAAUCAAAAGAUCGCGGGCGAUGGGGAUUGUUCUAA